AUGAAACAUUUCAAGUCGAGCACGAAGCUCAGACAGAAAGAGAAAGAGAAAGAGUUGCAGACCAGCCCGAAGCAACGACAGCCCACAUGGUAUCCGACCGGCCCUGACUAUACCUCACGCCUGGACAAGGAGAUUUUGAAGAGAAUAUUCGCUCUGGUCUGUCCACACUCGAGAGACAAGAGUCAUAAGCCGCUAGAGGAGACCUACAUUGUAGAUGGCUGUUCGGUCUGUGACCUACGCGAUCUUUCCAACUGCUGCUUGGUCAAACGUUCGUGGUAUGGACCGGCAGCUGGGCUAUUAUACUAUAACAUCCGUAUCGAUGCUGUCCAUUUCUGUGAACUAGAGGCAUACUUUCAAGAACAGCGUGAACGUAAAUCACGCCGAAGUCGACAUGCAGAAGCCCCGGACCCCCCAACAUUGCGGCUGCAGCUGCUCCAGCGUACACUGAAAGAAAGCGAGUUUCUAUGGCAAAGUGUAACGUUUCUCAAAACGCCCUACAUGACACGGGAGACCUGUCAAGCCGAGCUCGCCCGCUGCGUCUCGGUUGUGCCGAACCUGCAAUAUAUCGACUUGCCAGACGGCUGCUAUAGCGGAGAUAGCUUGAGCUCGACCCUCACAAAUGAAUUAAUGUCUAGGUGUCGGCACAUUAGGCAAAUGAAGUAUCGUGCCGGUGCAGAAAGGAAUUUUGAGCAGCUGGAACGUGGGCAUUGGCCUGAACUUCAGAUCCUGGACAUUUCUGGGAUACAUGUCGAGCCUGCCGUAUUUCGUCAGGUCGUCGGCAGCUUAAGAUAUCUCAAGGAGCUUCUCGUGACCGAGGCAGACUGGUUCGGCGAUCAAGUAUUCCAUUCAGCUCCAGGAAUACCACACUUUCCUGCUCUGUCAAAACUCACCCUGAAACAUGUCCCGGUAUCAAUUGACGGCCUUUUACACUUUCUUAAUGAUGGCGUGGCGCGCGGUAAUCUUACGCAUCUCACCAUCUCCGGCACUCACAUCAGGGUUCCUGACCUCCACAAGCUGCUCAAACGAGCCAGCGACCUGGUAUACCUCAACUAUACAGAUAGUGUCAGCAUGUCUCUUCCGAUCGAUCCCAUCGCACCACUCCAGUCCAUCUCCCUGCGCACCCUGCACUACGAAAUCACUUCUGCGUCCGACAACUCGCAGUCCCUCCAUCCCCCGACCGCCUCGUACUACACCUAUCUCCAAAACUCCCUCCAGAACGGGUUCUUCCCUGGUCUGCGCUCAAUCUACGUCCGCGACUCCGAUUUCCCCGCCCGUCUCCUCCUCGCACCUCCUGCACCUGCCUUCAAAGCCGCGCCCGCGCCUCGACUCACACAGCCCCUCGAAGUGUACACCAAGGGCCAGUCAGAGAUGGAAUGGGUCUACACGUCCGUGAUCCCGUCAGACACAGCCGGGCGUCGUGGCAGUAUGAGUGGCGGGCGCCCGAUCUCGCAGUAUGAAGCCGAAAAGGGCCUUGGUUCGCAGUGGGGCGGUUCGAGCAGGCGUAGCACGAUGGUCGGGAACGGAUUCGGUGGCUUCUUGGUUGUGCCUGACAUGGAUGACGGGGCCAGGCCGAGUAGUCGGGGCAGUGCAUUUGGGGGAAGUGUAUUUGGAGGCAGCCCGGCGACAAGUCCAAUGAGAUCCGAGUUUAAUCUGAGACCCCCUGAAAGAUCGAGCCUUUUUGGAGGAAAGAGUAAGCGGGACAGUCGGGAUCUGUGGAGGUAG